AUGAGAACCUUUUCAGCUUUUGUUCUUUUUGGAGAAAGCGUUAGCGCUGCCGAUGUGUUCAAAGUCACUGGCUUUCAUCAAGCGCUGAAGGCUUAUGUGAACCCGGACCCGAAUCCUGACUUUUCCGACGAUCCAGCUUUCGAGCAGAACGAAGGAGAAGAGCCAGAAUACGACCUAACCUUCAUUGCCACAAACAACGGCUGCAACUGCAUGAUUCACGGGGAUAGACCGCUUUCGGACAUGGGAACCGGGCCAGGAGUCGAUCGAGUGGACAAAAAAUGCCGAGAAUACAAACUCUGCCAACAGUGCGCCCGAGCAAAAUACGGCGACUGGUGCAUCGGAGAAUUCGUCCAGUACCUGAACCCAGGAACCAGAACUAUCGGAGGCGAGGAACACAAGAUUUGCAGAGACACGCCAGAUACAUGCGAGCGAGCCUUGUGCGAAUGCGACCUUCAUUUCAGCAAGGAGCACGCGAAAGUAGCGAAAUUGUACGUUCCCGAACAUCACGAUAUGCUUUACAACGCUGAUGCGCAAGAAAUACUCGACAUGUGCAUUCGAGGCGGCAAGGACGCCGACGCUGAUCGAAUGUGCUGCGGCGGAAUCACCAAUGCUGCCGUUGUCUUCAACAAUGCAAGUCCGAAUCAGUUUUGUUGCGACGAUGUUGUGACGAAUACGACAGAAGGAUUUUCGAACUGUGUUCCUAAGAUUUAG